AUGAUGGGGAGUUUUUCCAGACCUACAGACUAUUUGUCGCACAAUAUUCACCAUGUUUCUUCUGAACACGAUAAUAUGCAAAACACGCGUGGUAAACAUAGACGGAUGCAUUCUGAGGGUUCUGCCUGUAUUACCUCAUCUUCGUGUGAUCCUCUGAUACCCAACCAAACAGAUACAGAUUGGAUGCCACAGUUUGCUCUAAGGAGGCGAAAGUUGCCAGAGUUUUCCCUGUCCAGCGAUUCUUCAAACCAUGUGACUACCAACGCAUAUACGCCACAACCGACUUGGAAUCUAAAUUCGUCUGUUACAGACUUGCACUCACUAACUGUCCCCAAAACAAAUCAUUCUCCUUUGUGUGCACAUCGUCGGUCUGCUAGUUAUGGUGGGGAUUACUUCACAUUCGCAGCUCAUGGGAUUGGAGAGGCUGCUAGUAGAGCUGUUGAACACGCAGAAGAGUUGGUUAUUCACCUUUGGAAAAAAGGGUGGAGAGUAGUUCACCACCAUAGCUUACCACACUGGUUAAGAGAUAAUGACUUUCUACUUCGGGGUCACCGACCACAACUCCCAUCAUUUCGUGAAUGCUUCCGUUCUAUCUUCCGACUCCAUACGGAAACAGGAAACAUUUGGACACAUCUCAUUGGCUUCAUUUGUUUUCUGAUCUUAAGUAUUUCAUUUCUAGUUCAUCCGGGUUUAAAUAUACAUUGGCAAGAGAAAAUGAUUGUUCAGGUAUUUUUUACAAGCGCCAUCGUUGCACUUGGUUUUUCAUGGUUGUUUCACACAGUUUAUUGCCAUUCAGAACGUGUUGGGAAAUUAUUCAACAAAUUGGACUAUGUCGGAAUAUCAUUACUUGUUAUCGGAUCAUCUGUCCCAUGGAUUCAUUAUUCUUUCUAUUGUUAUAAUUCAUUCAAAAUUGUUUAUAUUUUGGCUGUGCUGAUACUUGGUGCAUUUUGCGCUUUUGUAUGUACGCAAGAUUAUUUUCUUAGCCCAACGUAUCGUGCAUCUAGAGCACUUUUGUUUACUGCUUUUGGUUUAUCUGGAGUGGUUCCUUGUGUACAUUAUAUUCUAAUUGAAGAUCUUCAGGAGCGUGCCCAUUAUUCUGCACUUGGAUGGCUAAUUCUAAUGGCUGCACUUUAUAUAUCAGGAGCUACCAUUUAUGCACUUCGUAUACCUGAGCGUCUUUAUCCUGGUAAAUUUGAUAUUUGGUUCCAAAGUCAUCAAAUAUUUCAUGUAUUUGUUGUAUUGGCUGCCUUAGUACACUUGAAUGCUAUUAUGGAAAUCGCUCAGCAUCGACUAAGCAAAGGCAGUUGCGAUUAUAAACUCAAGGAACAGAACUGCAGUUGA